GUAGGUCUGCGUGAGACUGGAGAAAUAUAUCACAUCAUUUUUUUUUCUGACAAUGUAAAGCUACAUGAGUUGGAACAGUAAACGUAUUUUACAUAUUUUUUGUAACAGUAAACGUAUUUUAUCCAAUGCUUAGGUUUUAGGUUUUAUUGGUAAGCCUUAUGUUUAUGUAGGGAAAACCACUUUUACAUUCUGUAAAUAAUACAAAAUCGAAAGCAAUAAAACUACAGUAUUGUUGGCUCCCUUUUUUUCUUUUUUUUUACUUGUAGUAAUAAAUUGUAAUAAGCUUAAACACUGAACGUGUCAGUGCUUUUAUUUAGAAUUAUGACGUCUCCUAGGUCUCAGCCAAUCAGAUGCCCGAGAUGAAGUCAUCACAGGAAGUCGUCAUCGUUGUGAGUAGCUUUCCCGCGAAGAUUGAGAGACUAAUGUUGCUGGAUUAGAGCUUUUCUUUAGAUCAUCAUCAACAUGAGUAAGAGGAAGGUCAAAGAUGAUCAUAUGCCAGUGGGAGAAUGCAUUACACAGGUUCAAAGUAUUUUAAGGGAGCGCUUCUGCCAUCAGAAGCUUCCAGAGAAGCCACAGGCCGUAGAGGCUCAGCACAAACACCUACUGGAGCUGCUGAAGCGAACGGCCAUCCACGGGGAGAGUAACUCGGUGCUAAUCGUUGGUCCCAGAGGAACAGGAAAAACAAUGCUGCUGAAAUGUGUGCUGAGGGAGCUGCUGGGGGAUAAAGAAGUACAGAAAAACAUGCUAGAAGUUCAUCUUAACGGUCUUCUGCAGACGGAUGAUAAAAUUGCGCUGAAAGAAAUAACACGGCAGCUCCACUUAGAAAACACUGUUGGUGACAAAGUGUUUGGAAGCUUUGCAGAGAAUUUGUCUUUCCUGUUAGAGGCUCUGAAGAAAGGCAAUCGCAGCAGCAGCCGCCCAGUGCUGUUUGUCCUGGAUGAAUUCGACCUCUUUGCGCUUCAUAAGAACCAGACUCUGCUCUACAACCUGUUUGACGUGUCCCAGUCUGCGCAGGCGCCCAUCGCCGUGGUUGGCGUCACCUGCAGACUGGAUGUUCUGGAGCUGUUGGAGAAGCGCGUGAAGUCGCGGUUUUCCCAUCGUCAGAUUCACCUUGUGAGCAGCCUGACGUUCACUCAGUACCUGGAGCGGGUCCGAACACAGUUCAGCUUGCCGGGCAGUUUUCCUGAUGCUAAGUUUGCUCAGGAGUGGAACGCCAGUGUCAAGACUUUGUGUGAAGAUAAAUCGGUCGAGGAGGUUUUGCAGAGACAUUUUAACUCCAGCAAAGACUUCCGCUCAAUGCACAUGCUACUGAUGUUGUGUCUGAGUCGCGUCUCUGUAGCCAAACCUACCGUCAACCCCUCUGACCUCCUGGAGGCCAGCAGACUGUGCUUAUCAGACGCCAAGGCUGACAUGCUUCAUGGUCUGUCCAUCUUGGAGCUGUGUCUGAUCAUCGCCAUGAAGCACCUCAACGACGUCUACGAAGGAGAACCGUUCAAUCUCCAAAUGGUUCACAAUGAGUUUAAGAAGUUCUUGCAAAGAAAGUCGAACUCCAUGUACAACUUUGAGCAGCCUGUUGUUAUGAAGGCCUUCGAGCACCUGCAGCAGCUGGAGCUGAUCAGGCCCGUUGACGCCUCUUCGGCCAAAACUCAGAGGGAAUACCAGCUAAUGAGACUGAUGCUGGACCACAGUCAGAUCAUGGAGGCCCUGCAGAAGUACCCGCAGUGCCCCACCGAUGUCAAGCAGUGGGCUAUGUCUGCGUUCGGCUAGCAGCCUGCAUGCAUGUGGACGUCGUGGAGAUGUUCACUGUCUGUGAUCCACCGGUGCAACAGAAAAUCCAGCAAACAGAUGCUGAACUGUCCAAUAAAUUUAAGCUUUAAAGAAAAGCUUGAAUGUUAAAUUAAGAGAGAGUUUAGGUGAUUUGACCUCUGGAAAACAAGCACAACAUGCUGCAUAUUGUUGUAUUUAACUUCAUCUUUCACCGAUUAGUCACUGUGUUGAGUGAGUUAUCACAGGCAAAGACUGUUGAGUUUAAACGUUUCAUGUAUUUAAAUCUGGAAAAAAUAAACUUGAAAUCUAUCGUUCAA